AUGUGCUCCACCAUCGGAGAGGCGCUAGGUAUAACGAGAAGCUCCACCACGAUGUGGAGUCGAUGGAAAGUAUCGAUUCUACUGGUCAUGAUAUACUGGACAGCAAGAGCGACACCCGCGUCUAGUCAGCACUUAAAAAUAACCCCCAAGCCCUGUACAGUAAACGGAAUAGACGGCACCUGUAUGUUUGUGUGGGAAUGCAUCAAGUCCGAAGGUCAGCACGUGGGAGUCUGCGUGGACUCAUUCAUGUUUGGGUCUUGCUGCUCGCACAACCUGACCGACAAUGUGAUACCGCAAAACUACCAUCAGACUGUAACCUAUCGUCCAAAGCCAGCUGGUAGCAAUAAGCAUAAACCUCAAAAACCUAGUACUUUCGUUAGUAGCAGUGGCUACACUACCAUAUACCGUCCGGGUAAUGGCGGUACACUAGUGAUACGACCGUCACAUAAUCAUCACCAUAUGCAUCAUCAGUACCACAAGCCUUCUUCCAGCAGCAGUUCCAGUACCAGUAACGCCAGCAGUCAACUUCUUAGUCAAAAGCCAACAGAGGGCACUGUAAAUAAACACUCUACCUUAUCGACGCCUUCGCAACAGUCAGACCUGGAGAUGGCAGCAAGCAGCAUGUCGACUGGAAUAUUCACCACUCAUUGGCAGGCUACCACUGAACCAAGUUUUAUAACGAAAACACGACCGCCGAAGCCGAGCAAACCUUCGAAAAAGCCGAUUCUGUCGUCGAACAUUCAAAGCACUGCAUUAAAACCAAAACCAUCGGCUAAGCCGACCAAACCAGCUACCACUACCGUUAAAUCAACUUCCACUACUAGUAUUAUUAGCUCAACCACGCCGCGGAGGCCUUCCACAACGGAAACUCCCGCGACAACGUCGUCAUACGUGACGGAACUGGUACCGUUGAGUACCACACCUGUUGGCACCAACACAAGCCUACCGGCGGUGUCAUUAUCGACUGUGAUUGGCGACGGCGUGGACGUUUUCUCGCCGUCCCCCGAGAUGUAUACGGUAGCUCCCGGGCGGUACACUAUAUCGGCCGCCAGGAAUUACGAGUGCGGAGUGCAAACGAUGGGACGACCGGAAACUCGUAUUGUGGGCGGUAAGAAUGCCCCUUUUGGCCGGUGGCCCUGGCAGGUAUCGGUGCGGAGGACAUCCUUCUUCGGGUUUUCCAGCACGCAUCGGUGCGGUGGAGCUGUGAUCAACGACAACUGGAUUGUCACCGCGGGCCAUUGUGUAGAUGAUUUGCUACAAUCGCAAAUACGGAUACGGGUAGGCGAGUAUGAUUUUUCUCACGUACAAGAGCAGUUGCCGUACACGGAACGUGCCGUCGCCAAAAAGGUCGUACAUCCCAAAUAUAAUUUCUUCACGUAUGAAUUCGACUUGGCGCUGGUGAAGCUGGAGCAACCGUUGGUUUUUGCUCCACAUAUAAGCCCGAUUUGUUUGCCGGGUACGGAUGAUCUGCUAAUCGGUGAAAACGCAACCGUCACCGGCUGGGGUCGUCUCAGCGAAGGCGGAACGCUACCUUCGGUGCUGCAAGAGGUGUCGGUGCCGAUAGUGAGCAAUGAUCGGUGCAAAACUAUGUUUCUCAGGGCGGGCCGGCAUGAGUUUAUUCCGGAUAUAUUCCUGUGUGCCGGACACGAAACCGGUGGUCAAGACUCCUGCCAGGGCGACUCAGGUGGACCACUGCAGGUCAAAGGAAAAGACGGCCACUACUUCCUAGCCGGAAUCAUCUCGUGGGGUAUUGGGUGUGCCGAGGCAAACCUACCCGGGGUGUGUACAAGGAUAUCAAAGUUCGUUCCGUGGAUUUUGGACACAGUUUUGUGAUAGCAGUAAUAUAAGCAUGAUAAAUCGUAUGAGUGAUAUGGCGUGAAAGCGUAAAAGCGAAGAAGUGUUCAAUCAGUAAACGAAAAAGACUUGAUUUUUUAUUUAGCAGAAUGUACGAAUAUGAAUUGAUCAGUUGAAGUCGAUAAGAACAUAAAGCGGUGUAAACACAUUGACCUUAUGUACAUAAUCGUAGUAAUGUUCAAAAUUCGCUGUUUGCCUUGUUGAUAUCAAUUGUAAUUAAUCAGGAAUUUCUCAUUGAAAACUGUUUAUUAGAACCAGAAUAGCAGGAUAUAAUCAUAGUUAUAAAAAUGAGAAAGUCACUAUCGAUAAUUGAUGUAAAACUUGUAUUAAUACAAUUAUCUAGGAAAUAAGCAAUAGUUUUGCUCGCGCUUUUGUAACAAAAAAUCUGUCAAUAUCUUUCU